AUGGCUCAAGAGGAUGUUAGCUCCCAGCAGCUGCAGCCAGAAACGAAGGCAGAUUACUCAGUCGAAAUUGAAGAUACCAAUGAGGUGGAUUUUCUUGCCUACUAUGAGGGAGCUACUGGUCGUUUAGUAGUUGAUGCCGAUCAGGCCAAGGUCGAGUUUGGAGAGGUAAUGGCAUCUCGCCUAAAGCUUAGCCCUGACGGGUUGAAAUGGUCUGAUUUCCGCAAGACUAUGCACUUGAUCAUUAUUACGAUGUCUGCAGUGGUACCUGACUUCGACUCUGCAAUCGGAAUCGCGUCAAUAUUUGGCCUCGCUCAAACUUAUGACACAACCUCAGGUGUCAUCAACGAUGUGACGUCAAACUGGAGCAUCUUCCUUCUGGGUUGGGGAGGCAUCUUCUGGGUCAUGCUCAUGAGACGCUAUGGUCGGCUGCCAGUGCUCUUCUGGAGUCAGCUUUUUGCACUUGCAUUCUUGGUUGGCGCUACAUUGGCACCGAAUCUAGCUACCUUUGCAGGAAUGCGUUGCCUGACUGCAUUCUUUGGAACAUGUCCCCAGGUGACAGGUCUUUAUGUCGUGACGGAUAUCUUCCCCUUCCAUCUUCAAGCACGGAAGCUGAACAUCUGGACUUCGGGUUUUGUUAUAUCGCCUUUCCUAUCGCCAUUCGCAUUUGGCUUUCUUGUUGCGCGUAUGAGCUGGAGGUGGGCCUAUGCUAUAGGAUCUAUUUACGGCGCCAUCGUAUUAUUUCUCAUUGUGUUUUUCAUGGAAGAAACUAUGUAUGAUCGUCGCCUUGCAUCACAGCCAUCGCGAACUUCUAUUGGACUGCGAUAUCGAUUUGAAACUUUGAUAGGCGUCACUGGGUACAAGAUGGCGAAAUACAGACCACGAUGGCCGGAAGUUCUGUUGGCAUCUUUAGAUGUCGCUUGGCGUCCCCAGUUUUUCUUUAUAGUUCUCUUUGAGGCCCUUGUUUUCGGGUUCUCAAUCGGUGUGAACACGACAAAUGUUAUCUUCAUGGGAUCUUCUCCUCCCGUCGGAUUUGGCUUUAGCCAAUAUGCUGUUGCUGGAGCCUAUGCGACUCCAAUUGCAAGUUUUUAUUCCUUCGGUGAAAUGUUUAUGAUUAUUGUCGCCGUCCUUUUUGGCGAGUGCAUUGGUCGUUAUGUGAAUGAAUUCGUUAUGAAUCUGCAUAUUCGCAAAAAUGGUGGUUUCUUUGAGGCCGAGAGUCGCUUGUGGACCUGUUACUUAGCUAUGCCGCUUUAUAUCUGUGGCUUUUUGACACUGGGUGCUGGGAUACAGAACCUCAGCCAAGCUGCUCUCAUCAUGGGCUGGGGCAUUUCGAUUGUUGCAAUCACCCUCAACACUGUUGCAGGCGAAGUCAGUGCCCUCUUAAAUCUCGCAAGAGCAGUUGGCGGUUUCGCAGUCGCAUAUUUCCAAGUCACAUGGGCUACAAAAUCUGGAGCAUUGGUAGUGUUUGGUGUUGAAGCAGCGCAAGUGAUAUUCCUUAGCACACUCGAGAGCCUAACGGUUUUUAUAGGCUUGUGA